CAUCGCUUCCGCCCCGGUACCGUUGCGCUCCGUGAAAUUCGUCGUUAUCAGAAGUCUACGGAGCUCCUCAUCCGCAAGCUCCCAUUCCAACGUCUUGUGCGCGAGAUCGCACAGGAUUUCAAGACCGAUCUCCGCUUCCAAUCCUCUGCUGUUAUGGCACUCCAGGAAGCCGCCGAGGCUUACCUCGUCUCGUUGUUUGAAGAUACGAAUCUCGCAGCUAUUCACGCCAAACGUGUCACCAUUCAACCUAAAGACCUCGCCCUUGCUAGACGCCUACGUGGAGAGCGAUCAUAA